UCAGGCGAAGUCGUCGAUUUACAUGAAGAUUACGUAAGACGACCAGAAGACCCCAUCACGUCAGAUUACAGAAACCCAGAUGGAAGUUUGGUCAGAGGAAGCAAUGCAGAAGAAGCCAGGCUAGAUCCGUUGACUUUGGAAGGGAGGAGCGACCAUUCCGUGGUGAAGUUGCCACGUGUCAUUGCAAAGACGAUUCAAAAUAACAUUUUAAGUCAAACGAUGCCUUCUUUGCUUAGAGAGAGGGCUGCAGAGAUAUACCGUAGUUUGGAGAAGGAUCUGAUUCAGAAAGCGCCAGCUGGGGGCAUCGAUAGUGAUGCUUAUAUUGCCGCUUUGUUUCUUCAGGAUUACGCAAAUGUCAGGAAAGUGCUUGUGGAGUUGAAGAAACGAGUAGGUGCUUCGUUUAAGCCUGAUUCGGUUUUGGAUAUUGGGUAUGGGCCUGCUACAGGUAUGGUUGCACUUAACGAGCUCAUGGGAGCUGAUUUCAGGCCUAAAGAUAAGGAUGCGUACAUUGUGGGCCGCCGGAAUGACGAAAUGAAGAAAAGAGCUAAGAUCAUCUUAUCUCGGCAGCUUUCUGAGGUUCCAGAUGAGCUUUUGGUGGAGGUUGAUGAAGCUGAGGAGCCGCCAAAGGAACUUAAAGACGAUAAUUACGUUGGGCCAGUGGACGCACGUCGAAUUAAAGUGAAAACAAAGUUGAGAGACUCUUUGGCGUCGACCAAGAAGUACGACUUGAUUAUUGUAAACCAGGCGCUUCUUACACGCGAACACAGUUUCCCUCGAGACGUCGAUUUGAACCUUGAAAUGGUACUCAACUUGCUUAGUCCAAAUGGCCAUUUGGUGCUUGUGGAAAGAGGCAAUCCUCUUGGAUUUGAGAUCAUUGCCAGGGCUAGACAGGUGAUGCUUCGUCCAGAGAACUUUGAAUCUGAAAGAGGUAAAAUCCCCAGACCGUAUAUUCGUGGAUCGAAGCCAAAACCUCAGAAACUCAGAGAUGACGAUAAGAUGGUUACCGAAGAACACAUUGAGCAUGAAGCGAAACUCAUGAAGCAACUCCAGGAAGAGAUUGGCGAUGUUGACGAUGCCGAGCUUGAAAAGCAGCUCAACGAACGGUUUGGCGCUUUAAGCGAAAAAGAUCUUAAAUUCGAAGAUGAAGACGAUGUGGAUAUCAUUGAUCCUCUGGCCUCGUCAGCCCCAGAACAAGAUUACGCCGGCGUCGACUUCCAUUUGAGUAUCGUGGCGCCUUGUCCUCACCACGGCAAGUGUCCUCUUCAACUUGGCGAUCCAAACUUAUACAAAGUCAGGAACCACAAGCACAGGUUCAGUUUCUGUUCGUUCAACAAUAUCAUGGAAAGACCUCGUUACACCAUGGAACUUAAAAAAGGUAAGGCUUUGGCCACUCUGUGGGAAAAAGAGGAAUUACUGAAGAGUGAACGGAAAGCCAUGGAAGGUGGAGGCAGACCUGGAGGACAUAACAGUGAACUGGGCGACUACUCGUACCUUAUUGUUCACCGUUCGCCCAACGAUAAGAAGUCUAUUGAAAAAAUCGAAUCUGACAGAGAACAUUCAUCCAGUGUGGAAGAUAACUCCUCUGUCUGGCCUCGUUUGGUGACUUUCCCAAGCAAAGUCAAGAAAAACGUCAAGUUUGAUGUUUGUGCACCUUCAGGCAGCAUUGAAACAUGGCAAGUGCCCAGAUCUGUGGGAAAACAAGCUUACCACGAUGCUCGUAAAGCACGCCAGGGCGAUUUAUGGCCUUUAGGUAAAAAAACAGUGACUGUCAAGUCGAGAUUCUCCGAAGAAGGUAUGGCCAGAUUGAAGCUGAUGGCCAAAUCCCAAAGAAACAUUGUCAUCAAGGAAAAGAGAAAGAAAGAGUGGAAGAAGAUGAUUGUCAGAGACGCCCAGCUUCUUGAAGAAGGCGACGAGAUGGAUCCAGAUACACUCCACGAGAUCUACGCCAGCAAGUUGACGUCCACAAAGAAGUACCGCCAGCAGAGCAAGCGCCACGGCUUCGAAUGA